ACUAAACAUACUUUUCUCUUGGAACGAUCAAAGGAGAAGGAGAGGAAAGGAGAGCACGAAGUCCCACUUCCUUCAUCAUUUUCAAUUUGCCGACGGUGAGGACAUUAUUCUUCAGAAUCAUAUCCACAAUAUCUAUGGGAAAUGUGGGUCUCCAAAAGAUGCUCGGAAGGUGUUCUAUGAAAUGCCCAAAAGAAAUAAGGUUUCUUGGACUUCAAUGAUUGGUGGCUAUUCGCAGAAUCAUGAAGAGGAGGAGGCAUUGAAAACAUAUUUAGAAAUGCGACAAUCAGGUUCUCUGCCAGAUCACUUCAUCUCUGGAAGCAUAUUAAGAGCAUGCUCAGGUCUUAUUGAUGUUGAGCUCGAGAGACAAUUGCAUGCCCAUGUCUUGAAUUUAGAAUUUGAGUGUCAUCUUAUUGCACAGAAUGCUCUAGUAGCAAUGUACACAAAGCUUGAUCAGAUUGAUGAUGCAUUAAUUGUCACUGAUAAGAUUGCAGAAAAGGAUUCUAUUUCAUGGGGUUCAAUGAUUUCUGGGCUCACUCAGACCGGUUUUAAGUUCUAUUUUUUGUGA